CAGGGUUCUGUUAAUGCUAUUUUGGGAUCAAGAAAUUGUGUUAUAAUCUUCUUCCCUGCCUGUCACAGGGGAAAGCAGUCUUAGAUAGCAGAUUAAUCGUAAAUCGAACAUGGGCUUUGUGUUACGACUUGGUAGCCGGAAAAAGGUUGGCAUUUUGGUCUGACGGCGCAUUGUGAUCUCACGGCCGAGUGUUGAUGGUUGCAAGGUUACAACCAUAGUCUAAUCAUGGGUUUGUUGAUCGAGCUCAUGACCCCAUAUAUUGUUUGAUGUUUUUCGUCGAGCUGGACAACUGGUUUUUCUUGUUAUCAAUGCUGUAAAUCUGCAAGACCUUUGUUGGUGGAUCGUAGUUUAUUGAUAUGGGGAUAGAGUUGUGACUAGAAUGGAUUCCCAGGCUUUUGUGAGGCUGUCUAUUGGAUCUCUGGGGCUUAGGGUUCCAGUUGCAGCUGCAAAGGCUGUUAGAUCGGAUGCUUUGUCUUCUCCCUGCAUGUGCGAGAUCCGUCUUCGUGGAUUUCCUGUGCAGGUGGCACCAGUUCCCCUAAUUAAUUCUCCUGAAGAGAGUCCUGACCCUCAUAGCUUUGCGGCGAGCUUCUACUUGGAACAAUCCAAUGUUCGUGCAUUACUCUCCCAUGGCUGUUUCCAAGCUGCUAAUGCGUAUCUUGAGAUUGUUGUCUUCUCCGGGAGAGAAGGGGGUCAUUGUGGCAUCAGUGGCCGAAAACAACAGAUUGGUACAUUCAAGUUGCAGGUUGGUUCAGAAUGGGGUGAAGGAAAAUCGGUUUUACUUCACAAUGGCUGGAUUGUUAUUGGCAAGAAUAAACAUGAUUCGGGUGCAGAGCUUCAUGUGAGAGUGAGGCUUGAUCCUGAUCCACGUUACGUGUUUCAGUUUGAAGAUGAAACUACCUCAAGCCCUCAAAUAGUUCAUCUCCAGGGCACGUCUAAGCAGCCAAUAUUCAGUUGCAAGUUCCUUCGAGAGAGAAGAGCAACACAGUCUGAUCCGGUAAACAGUUACUGGCUGACUUCAAGUAGUUCACAGCAGGAAAGUGAGAGGAGAGAAAGAAAAGGUUGGAGGGUGAUGAUUCAUGACCUUUCUGGCUCUGCUGUAGCGGCAGCUUCCAUGGUGACACCCUUUGUGCCAUCAACUGGUUGUGAUAGGGUUGCACGCUCAAACCCUGGUGCAUGGCUGAUCUUGCACCCUGACCCAGGAGGUAUUGAAGCAUGGAGACCAUGGGGGCGGUUAGAGGCUUGGCGUGAACAUAAUGGAAAGGACUCCAUAGGUUGCAGGUUUCAUCUGAUUGAGGAAGGUCAUUGCAGCUUAGAUGCAGUUGGUGGUGGAGUCUUGGUAUCAGAGAUCUUGAUAAAUGCUGAGAAAGGUGGUGAAUUUUUUAUUGACACUACAAGGCAGACGCCCGUGCCUACACCCUUGCCAAGCCCCCAAAGUAGUGGGGACUUUGUAUAUCCUGGUCAUGACAUGUCUUGUGGGUUCGUUAUGAAUUGUCGUGUACAAGGGGAAAGCAAGAGCAGCAAGCCGCUGGUGCAUCUAGCUACCAGGCAUGUCAAGUGUGUGGAAGACGCAGCAAUCUUCAUGGCCCUUGCUGCAGCUGUUGACCUAAGCAGAGAAGCCUGCAGGCCAUUUAGGAGGAGGCUGAGGCAUCAUACUUCUAAUUCAUUUUAGUUCAGUGGGGAAAAGUAAUUAUGCUUCCCACCUUUGUCUAUUUCUUUGAUUCUGGUGGUAUGGCUUCACUUUUGCUAGCCAAUAGAUCUGCACUUCACCAGUCUGUGACACUGUAUAAGCCUGCCUUGUAUAGUUUUCUCCAACAGAUAUCAAUUCAAAGUACCCUGUGGUAGAAAACAGUGCUAAGACCACCAGGAUGUGCAUGAGACCGUAAUUCACAUUGUAGUUGGUGUUAUUCAGGACUGUGUAAUGAAAUAUCUGGUGUACAUUCCAUGAUUGUACUUUUGUACAGUAUGUUUCUGUUUCAGUAUUACUGAAGAUAACUUAGGAUGGCUGGUUCUUUUUUUUCCA